AUGAAUUCUAUUCAUGGCGAUGAAACUGCAUCAUGUUCAUCAGAUAUCGAUGUCUGUAAUUCAAGUCCAAAUUGUUCUAACAGAUUAACUGCGAUAAAAAUAACAAGUACACCAUAUCCGACAUACAAGCCACGAGUUAAUUUUCAUUCGAUUGAAUCAUUAGCUAUAUCAUCAUUGAAUACAUCUUCGUUGACUCCUAUCUCUUCUCCUUUUUCUCUUCAAAGACAUGACGAUACUGGCUAUAGUUCAUUGAAUGCGUCAACAUCGAGACUAGAUAAAGAAGACAGUAAUUAUUCGAGGACAGCUACAACAAGUGAACGAAAACAAAGGCGUAAAUUAAGUGAUUGGCAAAUAUGGCAUUUACGUCAGGCUUAUGCUAACAAUCGAUAUCCAACACCACAUGAACAAGAACAACUUGCUGGUCAACUUAUUUUACCAUUAUCGUCAAUUCGUAUUUGGUUUCAAAAUUAUCGUGCACGAUCUGGAAAAAAAUGA